AUGGUUACCAGGUCAGCUAGCCGAAAUAACCCUCAGAGGGGAUACAGUAACAUAAGCUUGAGUUCAACCAAACUCGAUCCUUGGAGGAGAAUCUAUCUCAGUCGUGACUCCGUACCAUGUGGUGUGCGUUCCAUUCCUUUUAGUCUCCAGACUUCAUUCAAGGCUUCGCCAGCGAUUGAAUCUGAACUCAUUCAUUGUUCAGUCGUAGCCUCCUUUGAAUCUCCAGGAAAGCAGGAAUUAUUGAGCCAAUGGAGCUAUAUUCAGACCUUACUGAACGAUACCGUCGAGAAUAUGCUCAAAAUUGUGGCCUUCCCGAAGGUCUAUUGA